AUGGCGGUGCUGCAGCAAACGCUGUCAAUGAACCAGCCGUCGAGCGCCAAGGCACUGGUUGGUACCAUGAAGCACGACCUCUUUGAGCGAGCGCUCCAGUCGGGCUACCACUCGAUCCCAUACCUCAUUGAGCAAAGCCAAAGCAUCAUCCAAGACAGUCUGCUCAAGUGCUUGGAAUCCGGCAUCACCGAGACCCAAGCGGCCGAAGAGAUCAAGUCGUCGUUCCAGAGCAUGCACGCAUGGCUGCAGAAGCUCCACACGACCGGCAUCGUUGUCGGCAACGCGAAUCUGCGUCUCGAGGCCGUCCUUGCGACGGAGGAGCCGCUGUGGUCGAUCAAAUAUGGGCUAAAGGGCGCCGUUGACGCGACGAUCCGCGUGCUUCAGAACGGCGGGCGCAAGGCCAUCGUGCCGCUCGAGCUCAAAACCGGCAAGAAGGCAUAUGCGCUCGCCGAGCACCAUGGCCAAGUCCUCUUGUACUCGCUCCUUCUCGAAGAGCGGUACCAAGAGUGCUCGGAAGGACUGCUCUUGUACCUUCUCGAGAACGAGUCACUUGUGGUUGCAAGGGACACGCCAAUCGCCCGCGCGCUCCUGCAAGCGCGGAACCAGCACGCUGCGCAUAUGGCCAAGUACCAAGGCGAGAGUGUCUACCCGCCGAUGCUGCGGCAGCCGCGCGACUGUGGGUUUUGCUUCUCGGCGGCCGAGUGCAUGCUCCACCAUGCGUCCGAAGAGAUGGGGACGGCCGCGACCAGUGGCGCCGUGGAUGUGUUUGCCAAGCACACGACCCACUUGCUACCCGACGAGCGCGCGUACUUUGCGACGUGGAAUCGGCUCGUGGACCUCGAGUUCCGGUCGAGUCAGACAGCAGUUCAGCAGCUGUGGCUCGACUCGAACGACGUCCGUGCAGCGAACGGCACGUGCUUGCUGCAUCUGAGCCUUGGUAGCGUGACGCCCAAAACGCUCACGCUUCGAUCGCCAGCGCCCUUGUCGUCCACCGAUCUCAAGUUUCACGUUGACGACCGCGUCAUUUUGAGCUGCGAGUCGGACGCCGCGUUGCUUUUGCAGGACGUAUCACAGAAAAAGACAAUGCAAUAUUGUCUAUUAGCGUUAUUCGACCAAGACAUUGAAAUCGCCUUGUUUGCACCCAUCUCACGCGCGGUGCUCCAAGGCGACUCGGUCGUUGGGCAACACCCGCGCUGGCGCAUCGACAAAGAUGCGCUGCCGUGGGGUCUCUCGCAAGCCAAGCGCAACCUCGCCCAGCUCUUUGUCGGUCCAUCGCCGCAUGGUAUCGUCGCCGGUGUCCACCCAACCCGCUUUCGUCGACCACCGAUCGAUCCCGAGACCGACCGGUGUGGCGACGCCGACCGGCGCAAGUUGAUUUGCUGCCUCGAGGCGCCCCGGUUUCUCGCACCGACGACGACGUUGGCGAUGCUCCAAGCGCAUGCAAUCGCGCACCCACACAGCCCGCGGUACGAAGCGCUCUACGCGGACUUUUUACGCAUGAACCCGGACCAGCAGCGCGCGAUUGAAAAGGUGCUGCAUGCAAAGGACUAUGCGCUGAUCCUGGGCAUGCCGGGCACGGGCAAGACGUCGGCGAUCACCAUGUGUGUUCGUCUCUUGCUGCAUCUGGGGUUUUCGGUCCUCGUGACCAGCUAUACGCACUCGGCGGUCGACACGCUCCUCCUGAAAUUGCUCGAGUUUCAAGUGCCCAUGCUCCGCGUCGGCUCGAAAGACCAAGUACACGCCCGGUUGCAGCCGCACUUGCUCUCGACGGUGUGCCAGCCGCUGCGAACGACCGCGGCCAUCGAAAAGGUCAUGGUGGCCGCGACGCUUGUCGGCUGCACGUGCCUCGGCACCAACCACGUGCUCUUUACAAAGCGGCGCUUUGACUAUUGCAUCGUCGACGAAGCGUCGCAGAUCACACAGCCCGUGCUCUUAGGUGCACUGCGGUGCGCCGACACGUUUUGUCUCGUGGGCGACCACUACCAGCUGCCACCGCUGGUGACAGCGCUCAAGGCGAAACUGGGCGGCCUCGACGUGAGUCUCUUCAAGCGCUUGGGCGAGGCACAUCCGAGUGCGAGCGUCCAGCUCGGGUACCAGUACCGCAUGCACCCGCACAUCAUGCUGCUCUGCAACGACCUCAUCUACAACCAUCAACUCAAGUGCGGCGCGCGUACAGACAUCGCACCAUGGGUGCUGUCGCCAAGGGCGCUGCCACCGUGGCUCACCCAUGUGCUCUCGCCAAGCGUCAGCGUUGUGUUUCUGGACACGGAUGCUUUGGGCCUGCACGAAUGCCGGCAGUCCAAAGGCAUCAUCAACCCUGUCGAAGCCAGCGCCGUGCUCCAGGUCGUACGUGCGCUGCAGCAAGCGGGUGCGACGGACAUUGGCGUGCUCUCGCCGUUCCGGUCCCAAGUGCAUUACCUCCAGACCCACCAUCGCGGCCCUGCCGUCGAGAUUUCAACCAUCGACAAGUACCAAGGUCGGGAUAAAGACGCUAUCAUCGUGUCGUUUGUCCGCUCCAAUGCGACACCGACGGUCGGCGAGCUCCUUCUGGAUUGGCGGCGCAUCAACGUGGCACUGACCCGUGCCAAGAAAAAGCUCGUGCUCGUUGGGUCGCCAUCGACGCUUGCGGGAAGCCCCGUGCUUCGGUCGCUGCUUGCGCUUGUGCAGAAGCAGAAGUGGGUGCUGCCGCUGCCCGCGUCUGCAACAAGUGUGCCUAUGAUCCCACCACCACCCAACAACGACGACGACGGCGGUGCACAGCGCGUGUACGUACAAGCCCCGGUCGACGCCAAUGCCAUCGAAGGCCUUGCCAUCAACGAGUUGCCGCGACGCGCACCACUGCGGCCGCACAUGCCCGUGUCCCGCAACAUUUUAGACGAGACCAUGGGCUAA